AUGACGUGGGUUACAUCGUCUCGCCACCUCAUUAUCACUGUGGCACCACAGGUGUUAGCAGGCAACUACUCAGAGGAGGGAGAGUAUGAAAAAUCUGAGGAAGGAGAAGAUGAAGAAUUAGAGGUUGAAAAUGAGGAAGAAUUAGAGGAAGAAAAAGAGGAAGAAUCAAGGGAUGAAAGCAAUGGAAAAUUAGAAGAUGGAAGUGGUAGUAAAAUAGUAGAGGAAAGUGAAGAGGAGGCUAUGAAAGUGCACUUUCCAUCGGUAUACACUUUCGAUCAACCGGAUGUGGUGGAGAUGUUCAGAGCCCUAGAGUAUUCUAGGUUGAGGAAGUAUCUCGGUGGUCCGUUCAUAUUCUGGAAUACGGGUAAACUGGGCAUCUACCCUUUUCCAGAACCUGUGCUUUUCGAUUUGUCAAUCAAACAAGGAGAUAAUAACGUAUGCGGCUCAACUAAGUCGUCUGAUGGAGCAUUUGGGGUUCUUGUUGGAGAACCAGAGCAGAUCAACUCUCCAAGAGUAUUCACUGCCCUUACAGUCGCUAGUACACUGAUAAUGAUGAAAAACAACGUAGAUUGUGCCUCUGGUUCAACUAGUUAUCAGACAGGUGGAAAGCCUUCUACCCGAUCCAAGCAACCUUCUGCUUCUGUCAUUUUAACAGGGGCAAAAAGAUCAAAAACAAUGAAUGAAUCGGAGGCCAGUUCUUCCAGUCUGAAAAGUUCAAAUAAGAAGGACUCUAAAUCAGUCGAUUCAAGGUUAAGUCAAGGUCCAAGCGUACUUGCUACAACUCCGAUGUCCUCUCUAUCUACUCCGUCAACAUUUUGA